AUGUCUCAAAAAACGCUCGUUGAUUUCGAGAUAUCCGAUUCGGACGACAAUACAGUUCCGCCAUCCCCUUCGGCAUCACCACGCCGGAGCUCUCGUAUCCAAGCACGAGAAUGUCCUUGGAACCAAUGGCCCUCGGACAAAAUUAUUCACACUCUAGAGGAUUUCGGUAUUCCUGCAAGAAGCGACCUUUCACGCACAGACCUCGUUCUCCUGGCUUCCAACACUAUAGGCAACCCCCCUGCCGAACCAACGGAUUCUUCUCCAGCGGCUAAUACUACUCAAGCUCAUCCCAAACCAGCAGCUAAGAAACGCACUGCCAAAUCUUCUUCUCCACAAGCCAAAAAAUCUAAACCCUCCACAUCAACGCUAUCGCCCAGCCAUGACUCAAGAGGCUCUAACUCACAGCUUUUAAAAGCUAUUCAAGGUCUUACUGAAAAUGUAAAAAACCUACAAAACAGAAUGGGAGCGUUCGAGUCAGUUCUCGCCACGCAGCCCGGAACAUCCUUACCUUCAACGUCCACCGGGUCUCGGGCUCUCUCUGCUCCGCCUAGUUUUCCUGAUCUUCCCACGGGACCCUCCACGUCCUCAGUAACUCUGGCAUUCCCUCCAUCUACGACUCAAACUCCAUUUCAGUCUGUCACCUUGCCUUCUGUCACGCCUCAUUUUACACUCUCUACGGCGGUUGCCGCUCAAAGUUUCGGAAGGCCUUUUGUUCCACCCGCCGCCGUUACAGUGUCUCAAAAAAUGAGAUCUGACAUAAUUAACGGUAAGAACAUCAAUCUGGCUGCCUUACUGCUUCCGUCACCAGCAGUAGAUCGGCAAAUGGUUGACUGUGGCGACGUGGCAGUCUAUCUCAAAACUUCAGAUCCCAGACUGCAUCGCAACCUCUCGUUCUGUGAAUUCGUCACGGCUUUCGGCACUUAUAGAGAUAUCAUGUGUCAGGUUUUUCCAGAACGCAGAGAAGAAUUAGACAUUUACCUGGCAAUGCUGGCAGAUCUUAACUUAAGAUAUGGGGGCACUUUGUUUUAUGAAUAUCAUAAAUCAUUUUCAGCCAAAGCCGCUUCGUUCGUUACACUCUUCAACACCAAACUGGACUGGUCCAUUACUGACUCUGAACUUUUGGUUCGCCAUUUCGGCGGUCAGAAAACUCUGGCUUGCGCAGUGUGCAGCUCGCACGGUCACUCUGCACCUUUCUGCCCUAAGACACUGACUACACGAGCUGCGCCCGCUGUCCAUGGUGCUGACUCUGCACACGUACCAAUAGACGUAAAGCUCUUGCAAGGACCCGCAUCCAAAAUCUGUCUGCCCACGACGCUUCAGGCCUGCGACAAGAGGACAAGCGCCGCCUCACAAAAGAUUCUGAACAAUCACCUUUCUACUCCAAUUAACAUUACAACACUCUCAAGUUACCUCUCAUCUCACCCUGAUCCUUCGUUCGUAGACUACUUAAUUACUGGGCUUUCUCAAGGUUUCAGGGUUGGCGUCCUGUACCCGAUGUCCACUUCUUAUGUAGCUAAUAAUUUGCAGUCUGCCUUAACUGAACCUGAUGUAGUUUCGUGUCUCGUGGCCAAAGAACUGAAUAAAGGUUACCUUAUCGGCCCUUUCAGCUCUCCUCCUUUUUCACCCUUCCGUGUUAACUCUAUCGGCAUAGCUACACGUAAAUAUUCCGGAAAAAAACGCCUGAUUUUCGACAUGUCGUCACCGCAUUCUAACACUUUCGCAAGUGUCAACGAAUGCAUUCCCUUAGAACCUUUCUCGCUUUACUACGCCUCAGUCGAUAACGCCAUUCAUCUCAUUAAAAUAGCGGGACUUGGUGCAUGCCUAGCAAAAGCAGACAUUACAGAUGCUUUCAAAAUAAUGCCUAUUCACCCUUCUGAUUGGCCUCUUUUCGGCAUUAAAUGGGAAUCAAAAUUCUAUUUCGCAGUGAGACUCACUUUCGGCUGUAGGAGUAGCCCGCACAUUUUUAAUUGCCUGUCGGAAGCUCUGUGUUGGAUUCUGUUGAACGUUUGCAAUCUCCCCUUCGUGCUACACCUUCUAGACGACUUUCUGCUAAUAGACUUCCCUUCUUCACGUCGCUCUGUGCUCGAUAUCUUAAAGCACUUAUUUUGUGAAUUAGGCAUUCCCCUGUCAAAUGAGAAAACAAUGGGUCCGUCUACCUCGAUUGAAUUCCUCGGCAUCAUUCUCGAUUCGAUAAAGAUGCAAGCUUCACUCCCUAUCGAGAAACUCGUCAGAAUUAGGUCGUUCAUCGAAUCUUUUCUCGAGCGUCGAACCGUUUCUAAACACGACAUGCUGUCUCUCCUGGGACAUCUAAAUUUCGCAAUGAGAAUUAUCCCUCAAGGUCGCUCCUUUAUUUCUCGAUUGCUGACCUUGGCUCACUCAGUAGUUAACUUGACGGACACAAUAACUUUAGACGAAGGGUGUGCUUCAGACCUCAGGUUUUGGUCACAUUUGCUUAAGAACUGGAAUGGUGUUUCCUUCUUCUAUAAUGACAAUUCCGAAUCAUCCGCCGAACUAGAGCUUUACACCGAUGCAGCCCCGUCUAUUGGUUUUGGGGGAUACUUUCAGGGGGAAUGGUUUUCAGAGAAAUGGCCUGCUGCAUUCUCUCACUUAACUGUUACAGCUCCGUCGAUUGCGUGUUACGAGUUAUAUCCUAUCGCCGUAGCCAGCGUCCUCUGGGGUCCAGCCUGGUCACGUAAACGCAUUACAAUGUACUGCGAUAAUGUAGCCACUGUCGAAAUCAUUAACAAAGGUCGAUCACAUUGCCAGGCUAUAAUGUCUAUUCUUAGACGUGUAACUUGGCAAUCCGUCAUCAAUAAUUUCACAAUUAAAGCCGAACAUAUCCCAGGAAAAUCAAAUGCCAUUGCUGAUGCUCUCUCUCGCUUUCGUUUACAGGCUUUCAGGCGGCUUUGCCCAGCAGCAAACGAGAUUCCAACACCAUGCCCGACACUGCACGAAAUCAUCCUGGAUUAGGUUCCCACUAUAAUCAUCUGCUUAAUUCUGCCAGAUUUUAUAUUACACAAGGAGUAGCGCCAUCUACUCGCAAAGCAUACAGUUCCGCGUGGUCUUGGUUUACGACCUUCUGUUUCUCGUUUCAUAUCCCAUUAUUCCCCAUUUUAAUUUCAACUGUAUGCACGUUCAUAGUCAGUUGCCAUGAGUCACGCGAUCUUAAAAUCGCAACUAUACGUAAAUUGCUGGCUGGCAUCCAAUUCCACGCACGAUAUUUUAAUCCUGACUUUCCAAGUCUUUUUUCUACGCCCUCUAUCCGGCUUCUAUUAAAAGGCAUAGAGAAAAGUAUUCCUAAGAUUCCCGACAAACGCCUCCCCAUCACACUCGACUUGUUACACAGAUUAGUUUCUUCCGUACGUAACGGUCCAUUCUCUGCUUAUACCA